GAACGUUACAGAUAUUUACGUUAUGAUUGGCGAUAUUGAUCAUUGGGUCGUGAUCAUUGCAAUUUUAUGAUAACUUUUCGUUGGUUCGCAGUUCUGACAAAGACAACACGGCAUCUGUCAGAUAACAACAGUUAUUUUUAUCGUUGUAGAAAUACUUUAUCAGUCUUGAUGUCAGGCAGGAAGUUUUCAGAACAUAAAAAAACAAUGGUGGGACCAAAGCCCCCUACAGAAGCAGGCAGUAGCAGUGAGAAGAGUAAAGCAAAGAAAGAAGAGUUUGAAUUCUUCUUUGGGAACAAGUUCAUCUUCAGCCAGUUCCAUCCAGCCAAGUUUACAGUGGAUGAAAUAACUUACAAUUGUAUGGAACAGUAUAUGCACCAUCAGAAAGCAGUCACAUUUAAAGACAAUGUGCGAGCUUAUGAAAUUAUGAGAACCACGGACCCGAAACAACAGAAGAAACUUGGGCGUCAAGUCACACCGUUCGACAAAGGGGUAUGGGGCCAGAAGUGUGUAGCAGUAGUGAUGAAGGGAAGCCUGGCAAAGUAUCGUCAAAAUUUAGAAAUGAAGAAAGCCUUAUUUGCAUCCUACCCAAAAACCUUGGUGGAGGCCAGCCCAAGAGACAGAUUAUGGGGUAUUGGUUUGGGUAGGAAUAAUAUUAAAGCCCAAGACAGAGCUACAUGGCGAGGCAAGAAUCUUCUUGGCGAUACACUGACUAAAGUAAGAAAUAAAAUGAUGAAAGAAGAAGGGUUAAUAUCUGUAUCAGAACAAGGGACACUGACAAACGUCAAAGAAGAACGCUCUUCAGCAGAGGAAAGGAAUGAGAGACCAGAGGAACAAAAGACUCCAACAAAAGAUAAAGGCAUACAUUCGUCAUCAAAAGAAAGGAAGGAGAAAUCGGAGGAAAAAAAGACACCGUCAAAAGAUAAAGGCAAACACACAUCAUCAGAAGAAAGGAUUGAGAGAUCAGAGGAAAAACACACACCAAAAGAUAAAGGCAAACACAUGUCAUCAAGAGAAAGGAAGGAGAGGUCAGAGGAAAAACAGACAUCAUCAAAAGAUAAAGUGAAACACUCAUCAUCAAAAGAUAGGGAGGAGAGAUCAGAGGAACGAAAGAAACCGUCAAAAGAUAAAGGGAAAACCUCGUCAUCAAAAGAUAGGGAGGAGAGAUCAGAGGAACGAAAGACGCCAUCAAAAGAUAAAGGGAAACACUUGUCAUCAAAAGAUACGGAGGAGAGAUCAGAGGAUCGAAAGACACCGUCAAAAGAUAAAGGGAAACACUCGUCAUCAAAAGAUACGGAGGAGAGAUCAGCGGAUCGAAAGACACCGUCAAAAGAUAAAGGGAAACACUCGUCAUCAAAAGAUAGGGAGGAGAGAUCAGAGGAACGAAAGAAAAAGUCAAAAGAUAAAAGGAAACACUCGUCAUCAAAAGAUAGAGAGGAGAGAUCAGAUGAACAAAAGACACUGUCAAAAGAUAAAGGAAAACAUAUAUCAUCAAAGGAAAUGAAGGAGAGACCAGGGGAACAGAAGUUACCUUCAGAAGAUAAAGGGGAACACUCGUCAUCAAUGAAAAAAAAAGAAAGUUCAGACGAACAAGAAACCUCAUUUAUAGAGGUUAAGCACUUGUCCUCGGAAAAGUCAGACAGAAAUGAAACAUCUUUAAAAGAUGUCACAUCAGAUUUGACAAGCUCGCAUCUAGCAAAUACUCCAAAAAAUGAAGAACAGCAGCUAGAUAUCUCAUUUACAUGCGAAAAGACAAAAACAGAGCAUGUGGAUCAUUCAGCUUCUGAGGAAAGGAAAGAAGUCUCUGACAGUAGAGAAGCACUAUCAAAAGAUGAAACAUCUGUAGAGGAAACAAAUGAAUGUAUUAUGUCUACCAGCCAAAACACACCAUCAGAAGAUAAAUAUUUAUCGCCAUCAAAGAAAACUGUGGCUAGUUCAGACAGUAAAGAAGUAACCUUCUCUGAAUAUUCCCCUCCACCAGAGGAAACCAAUGUGUUGGAAACAAAUUUAAGCGAAAGUACACCAACAACAAAAGAACAUUCAAGGAAAAGACAAUGGCUACCAUCAGAAGAGAAGUCAGAAAAUGAUAUUAAGCCACAUCCAUUGAAGAAAGUUAAAUUGUCUACAGAUGUCUCAACAUGUUCUCUAAAACAGCCAAAAAUUACACAUUUCACAAUUCAAGAGAAAGAUUAGUAUGUAUUUUGAUAAAUUCUAAUGUAUAUUGCAAUCAGCGUUUUACAAAAAAUAUGUUUAUGAAUUUGUAAACUGAAAAGAUGGACUGUAUCUUGAUAGAAUUACUGUUUUGUGAGUUCUGUCAGUGUCAGUUUAAUAGUAAACUGCCAAGUUUUAUAGUUCUCUGUCGGAACAAACAUGUAUAAGUCAUAUCAGUGCCAUUUAAAAUAUUACUAAUACAUUUUUCUGUAGAAUGUUUUCUUAAUAAUCGCUUUUAGAUAUUAACAAGGGAGCACUUUUUUAAAUAUUAAAUGAACUGUUUUUUCCCAUUUCUGUUCUUUAGUAGUUGUACAUUGGACUGUAUAAAGGGCUGUAUAGUAAAAGCUGUAACUAUGCUAUAUGAAAAUUUAUAAUUACACUAACUAGCGGAAAUCACCGUUACUUGAAAUAGUAGGAUACAAGUAAUAAGAGAUCAGUAUGUAGAAUUAUAUUGUUUUGAAAAGGACACGUAAACAACUUUUAAGAAUUUUUUAAUGAUACGUUUAUGAAAUGUAGAAAAAAGUGUUUUUUUUUUACAUUUUUAUGGUAAAAUUAGUUUUACAUUUGGUUCAACACUUGUUACUUAACCCUUAACCAGCUGGCGGCAAGUGAUUCUGCCUUUGCGACCAGUGCAGACCAGUGCAGUCUGAUCAUGGUCUGCACUGUUCGCUAUUCAGUCAGUAAAUUUUUAGUAAACAUCCCUUCAAAUGAUAAAUGGUACUGCCCAAAUUGGAAGAUGGACCAGUCCAUUAUAGAAAUUUAGCAUGGUAAGGGUUAAGUUAGGUCUGAAUAACUUAAUAAAAUUUAGUUUUUAUUAUGCUUGUCAUUAUGUUAUUUCCCAUUUAAAAAUAAAUGGCAAGGGUUUAACUUUACGAAGUAUAACAAGUACCAAUAAACUUGUUUUAAAGAAUA